CACUCUCUCUCUUUCUCCCUCUCUCCCUAUCUCAGUAUCACACACUCACUCUCACACACACGCACAGAGUCAGUCACCAACACUCAUUCAGCUCCCUCUCAGCCACGGGUCAGCAGCUCAGACAGGCACCUUGUUCCUAUUCAGCUGGAAAGAGUAGAGCAUCAGAAGGUGCACACACAUGCACAUACACUCACAUAAAAACACACAUACCCAUACAAACACAGACAAACAUACACACACACACACACGCACACACACACACACAGACACACACACACAUCUUCAUAUAUCCCAGCACUUUAUCUGUGGUUCCGGAGAGAAGACCUCAGUCCAAGGAGGAGAACAAACAGAGAAACAAGGAGCAGCACUAAAGAGGAACUUUUAAAGGUGGAUUCAUAACAUUACAACACUUCAUGAAAGGAUCGGGCAAAUAGAAUCAGAAACAAGACCAAAGAUGACAACUCUGACAAGCUCGUUGCUGUAGGAGGGCCUGCUGUCAGCCCAAAGUGGAGAUUGGUCAUCUGUCACAUCCAGAGGAUCUGCUGCGAGUGCCAUUUCCCUCCCUUCUCCCUUCAGGACUCCCACCCUCUUGUCAUCCCUCCACUGGGACAUCACCAGAUCAUCAGCAUGCCUACAGCUUGCACAAGGUGCACCUUGGGAGUCUGACCCACCAUGUGCAGAUGGACGCCGUCCGUAGCUCAACUCUGUCCUGAACCUGCUCUUGGCACCACCACUACUGCAGCCGCCGCUGGACGACCUCUCCCCCUGCCCAGUGCAGCCUCCCUUUGCCUGGCAUGCUUCACCCUGCUCCUGGUCACUGCUGGCACUGCCACAGGGGCCUGUCCUCCUGGGGUAGGGCAUGAACCCCUUCAGGUGCUGGCGAGUGGCAUCAACUGCUCAUGGACGUUGGAACGGCACACUCGCAGUUACAAUCACCUAGAGGGCGACGUCCGACUACGGCGACUUUACUCUGCCAACAAGUUCUUCCUCUGCAUUGACAAAACAGGCAAGGUGGAUGGCACGCGGCGGAAAAACUACGCAGACAGCCUGAUGGAAAUCCGAUCUGUCAGUGUGGGAGUUGUUGCCAUCAAAUCUGUCAGCACCGGGCUGUACUUAGCCAUGUCCAAGAAAGGCACGCUCUUUGGAUCGGUGAAGUAUAACCCAAGCUGCAAGUUCAAGGAGCGCAUUGAGGAAAAUGGCUACAACACGUAUGCCUCCCUCCGCUGGAAGCACGGCGGCAGGCAGAUGUUUGUUUCGCUGAAUGGGCGGGGGAAGCCUCGGCGAGGUCACAAGGCUCGAAGAAGGCAUCCGUCUACACACUUCCUGCCCAUGCUUCCAUCGUAGUUGUCCAAGUCUGAACUGUGACCGGCAAAACUGGCUGGCUCACCUGCCUCCUCACACUGAUGAUGAUCUAGUUGUGAUGACUACCUUUAUUUUUAUUAUUCCAGCCUCCUGUCACAUAAAUGUACAUUUGUUGAGGUUUGUAACAUUUGUAGAGUUAGUAUAAUAUGUACUUUUAAGUUAUUUUCUCCAUUUUCUAAUGUUGUUCAGUAAUACAGUCCUAUACAGUAGAAUUAAACUAUCUUCAGACAUCUGACUGUGUGUCUGAACUGCAUGUUAAACAGUGUCUGGAUGACUUUAAGAGACUUCAAGAGGACUGAAAAGGGACAGCAAGCCUUGGACACAAUAAAGUGUGGCUCACUGGUUUGUUAUUUUGCCUAUUUUAGAUGCUGAGCUAAAUAAGAACAGAAGCAUUUGGUACGUCUAUCUAAUCUGUGACAACUGAUCAUUAUAGGAGAUGCAAGCAAAUUUGAAAUGGUUACAAAUCAGGGCCAUAGCUAUCACUGAGGACACUGAGGUCAAGCCCUUAGUUUUUUUGUGGACUUCUAGGGGUCAUAUUCAUUAACUUCCAUACUGGGGCUGGUUCAUAGGCUGAUUCGUGUAUUUGGACAGUUGAUAUUACAAAACAAAAAAAAGCAAAUGUAAAUUUAUUAAAUCAUAUUAAACACAUUUACAUUGUGUGGAGCAACAUUUCAAAUAUAAUAGAUUAAUAUUACAUGUGCACAUAUGUUAAAUUCACAUACCGGCACAUGGUAUCUCUGAAGGAACAAUGUGGCUCAUGGACAUUUUAUAUGUGAAAUUUAAUAGGAAUUAACAUGAAUGGAGUAACAUUAAUUUUACAUUUGUUGUUUUUGUAAGGCUAAAUCUGCUGACUGCUUUUAAGCCAAUGAUGAUAAUAAUAAUAAUAACAAUAAUAAUAAUAAUAAAUUUGAAAUAAUAUUUUCCCAGCCGAAUUUCAUUCAUGCAGAGUUAAUUAGUCAAAAUGAGAAAUCAAAAUACUUAAAGAAAAAUUGAGGGGGAUUGAGCUUGUGACCUCAGUAUUAAUGUACAAUGUACAAUCUUAACUGUUGCUUGGGAUAUACUGAUGUUGAUCUGCACCUGAACCGUACGAUGAGAUGAAAAUCUCAAACACACUGACUCAAACACAGCGAUAAAUGUACUGCGCUGUCUGUAUGUGUACGGCAUGAACACAACAGAAACUAAGCUAACUACUGGGAAAACAUGCUGGAUUUUCUGAUGACCUUUCUAUGUUUGUGCAUGCUUCUGUCAGACUGCUUCACCCAUCCAACAACAACCCACAGCUAAUAGAUUAGAAAUCAGUCCCGCAAAAAAUGCAUUGUGUCUCAUCUAGUCUACGAUUCUUGGUUCUUAGUUCAGUCAUGAAAUGAUAAUAUACGUUUUCAGUCAUUUAAUGCGUUAUAGCAGCCAUAGGUACAAGAAAUGUGACUAGCAGAAACUAUUAAUUUUGUACACAGUAGUAAAUGGUUAUUACAUGCUGCCUCUCUGUCAAGUCUUGCUAACAUUUUCUCAAGGCUGUUGCUUAUAGAACAUUUAAUAUAUUUAAAACAUUUUGUACUCUUUAACUGUUUGGAAUUGUUGUUUAUUGUUAUUGUCUGCGUUGGAUUGUAGUCAUACUGUUGAAAAAAGAAGGGAAAAAAGUAAUUGUAUAAGUCAUUCAGCUCAUUUUGUAUGGUAUUACUACUGGAUAUUGAUACAUUUGUGAUCCACUUAUCAUGCACAGCUUUCAGCUAUAGGCCAGUAACAGUAGUUUGUAUAUAAGGCCAAAGUCUCAAAACAAACUGUCUUUAGUUUCAUUUCAGCAAAGUAAAAUCAUCUGAGUGCCUUGGUCCAUGCUGAGUUUGGUAAAUUGCAAUAAAGAAACGUGGAUAAAUCAUUA